UGGGCGACCUCUGCGACGGGACCUCAAGGUUUGUGGCAUGACCAACACUCCAGUCCAGUCCCUCACUCCACUCCUCCCUCUCUUUCUCUCCACUUUUAAAAACACAGCAAGAGGUGUGUUAAAGCGUGUGUGUUGGUGUCACUCUAUCUGACUGUAACAGACGCUCUUACACACUUGGGAACUGGGAGAGCAGACGGAAGACGCGCAAGACACUCUGGUCGAGGAUUUCCAACCCCAAUUGCCAAUUGUAUCUGGAUUUUUUUUUUAAAUUACCGUCACUGGAUAAUUGUGUGUACCUUUCCUUUCGAAAACCGCCCGACAAGCUGUGAGACGUUUCAUUUAUCUGGGGUUUGCUAACAAGUUCCCUGCUGAAGGGUCAACAGCUACUCGACAGAGCGAGACGCAGGCACGAGAGUGAAUCCGCGUCGCGCGCUGUCUAAAGUCAUGCCGGCUGGAUUUCAGCAACUGGGAGGGGAGAGGAUUACCGGGACUCUCGCCCUCUCCGUCUUCACUGCUGUUUUGGGGUCCCUUGAGUUUGGGUACAACAUUGGUGUCAUCAAUGCUCCCCAGCAGAUCAUUGAGCAGAGCUACAAUGCCACAUGGAUGCACCGGUAUGCCGAGCCCAUCCCCCAGGGCACCCUGACGUCCCUCUGGUCCCUCUCCGUGGCCAUCUUCUCCAUCGGGGGCAUGCUCUCCUCCUUCAGUGUCGGGGUCGUCUCUGAGUGGCUUGGAAGGAGGAAAGCAAUGCUCAUCAAUAAUCUCUUUGCUUUCAUUGGUGGAGGCCUGAUGGGGAUGGCCAAGCUCUUUCGGUCGUUCGAGAUGAUGAUUUUGGGCAGAUUCAUCAUAGGGGCAUACUGUGGUUUGGCAUCGGGGUUGGUGCCCAUGUAUGUGGGAGAGAUUGCUCCAACCAGCCUCAGAGGGGCGCUGGGCACUCUACAUCAGCUGGCUAUUGUCACCGGGAUCCUCAUUGCUCAGGUAUUGGGGCUGGAGUCGCUGCUUGGCACAGAGGAGCUGUGGCCGGUGUUGAUGGGUGUGACAGUACUGCCCACUGUCCUGCAGAUGGCACUGUUGCCAUUCUGCCCGGAGAGUCCGCGAUUCCUCUACAUUGUGCGCUGCCAGGAGCACCACGCCAAAAGCAGUCUACGGCGGUUAACGGGCCGCCUGGAGGUGGCCGAGGACCUGGCGGAGAUGAAGGAGGAGAAGCGGCGCAUGGACAUGGAGCGCAAGGUGUCCAUCCUGGAGCUCUUCAGAUCGCCGCUGUACCGCCAGCCAAUAGCCAUCGCCAUCCUGCUGCAGCUAUCACAGCAGCUGUCUGGCGUCAACGCCAUCUUCUACUACUCCACGAGCAUCUUCCAGAAGGCAGGUGUGGAGAGUCCCGUCUAUGCCACCAUCGGGGCUGGCGUGGUGAACUGCGCAUUCACCGUGGUCUCGCUGUUCCUGGUGGAGAGGAUGGGUCGCCGAACGCUGCACAUGCUCGGACUCGGUGGAAUGUGUCUGUGCGCAGUUAUUAUGACGAUGGCCCUGGCGCUAUUGGACAGUGUACCGUCCAUGAGCUACAUCUGCAUGCUGGCCAUCUUUGGCUUCGUGGCCUUCUUUGAGGUGGGCCCGGGCCCCAUCCCCUGGUUCUUCGUGGCCGAGCUCUUCUCGCAGGGCCCUCGGCCGGCGGCCAUGGCCGUCGCCGGCUGCUCCAACUGGACGGCCAACUUCAUGGUCGGCAUGUUCUUCCCCUACAUCAUUCACGCGCUGGGUCCGUACGUCUUCCUCAUCUUCGCCGUCCUGCUGCUCUUCUUCCUGCUCUUCACCUUCUUCCGCGUGCCGGAGACGCGGGGCAAGACCUUCGACCAGAUCUCAGCCUGCUUCCACCACACCACCGCCAGGAUCGACCUGGACCUGGACCUGGACAUGGGCAUGGGCAUGAACAAGCCCAGCACGGAGCUGGACUACCUGGGAGGGGACGACGACGAUGUCAACUGAGGCCCCUCUGCCCUGUUGCUAUGGCCUGCUACCCCGUGGUCGAGCUGGGCGACAAAAAAAAAACACUCCUGGGUGGGCAAGGGUGGACAAACUGGAUUGAGAAAGUUCAAGUCCUGCCAGAUAUUUCUUUCUGGUUGUGCUCCUAACACAGGCGAUUUCAAUAAUUGGCUCUUCUACCUGGUGGACGGGGGUUGGCAAUUAGGAUCAGCUGGUUUGUUGAAUUUGUUGGAGGAAAUAUGUGGUAGGAUUUUUACUUUCUGAACCUGAGCUGUUUGCCCCUGCUCCUGAGUCAGGGUAAGGGUUAGGGUUAGGACUUACUGGUAGCUCAUUUUGACAAUGAUAAAAUACAGUACAUAAGGUAGAAGAAGGGGAGGCAUGGCAGUCUGUCAUCUGGUAUCAUCUUGAAUCCAGAAACAAAUGUCUAUUCUGUUUUCGGAGGGAUUGGGACAAACUUGUGCGAUUACAGCGAAACUAAACACCCAUAGGUUGCACAAGGCAUUAUCUAACUUCAAUGAAUGUGGUUAUGGGUACAGAGUGAGUGUGUAUUCUUGUUACGUAUGAUGAGUGAAAAAAAAUGGUACAGAUUGUAGCACUUUAUUGACAAACUUUCAAGGCCUCCACAAAGGACUGUGACUGAAGGAAACACUACACUGUUGCUAUGGAGCGCUGUAGUCUUGUGUUGUGCGGUCCUGCACAGCUUUUAUGUAGAGUGGGUCACUUUGGCGCAGUUAAUUGAAUUCACAGCAUAGAAGCUGCAUCGUCAGAUGCUGCUUGGGUU